AUGGUUUGUAAAAAGAAUAAAAGACAUAUUCAAUCUAUACCAUCAGUAACUUUAGCACUAACCAAUGAGACUCAGACUAAAAGCCUUACAAUAACAGAUAUGGAACUACAAGAACUUAUAUGUCAAAGUCUUGUAGUUGAAGUUCAUGAAGUAUUAGAAUACGAUCGAAAAA